AUGGCGAUCACUUUGCCGACCACGUGGGAUAAGUGCGACUCCUGGCUCCACCGAAAGUGCGAACUGCUCUCCCUGCACUCCUACAGACGCCUGUCGUCGUCGGAGGAGGAAUGGUAUUGUGGUGCGUGCCAACUCCCAGCUUUUGACGAUGAGCUGUUCCCCACAUGCCCUACGCCUGCAUCUCGGGGCUCUGACCCGACCCGCGAUCCAGUGAUUGCCAAUGCCACGCCGCAUGGGCAGCCCCAAGCCAACCUUGCAGUAUGGUUUUCAAACGUCCGUUCUGUUAAGAACAAACUGCUCGAUUUUCAAGCGCUCGUUGAAUCCUCUGCAGAUACAGUGUUUUCUCUCUGCGAGACGUGGCUCGACCCCUCAGUGCCAGAUGGGUUACUUGUUGACACUGCUCGACAUGUGGUACACCGGAAGGACCGUGCAGGUCGUAGUGGCGUUGGAGUUAUGUUUGUUGUCCCUCGACACUUGAUUUGCCGGAGGCGUCAGGACCUUGAAGUUGCUGGCCUUGAGGCUCUCUUCAUUGAAAUUGCCCACAAGCGAGGGAAAGUGCUCUUCGGCUGCGUGUACUGUCCUCCAUCUACCCGAGUUGCGGCCUAUCACCUGCUUAAUGACGCUCUGGAGCGUGUCACCGUAAGCUCCUAUUUAAAUGUUUGCACACUUGGUUAUUUUAAUGCCCACAUCGACUGGACAGACAUAACAGCCCCCGUCCCGUUGGCACCAGAUGAUGACACACUCCUGGACAUGAUGGAAUCAAAUGGACUUGUUCAGCUUUGUGACGAGCCAUCGUACUACUCGAGUGCAAAGAAUGCCUCUUUUCUGGAUCUGGUCUUCACCACGAACCCGGCCCUCAUCUCCACCUGUUCCCUGGAGCCCAGCCUAGAUGGGUCUGACCACAAAGCUAUACAUCUGGAGAGCCUCCUGUCGCUUCCCAAGUUUGGACGGUAUGCAAGAAGGGUCAAGUUGUUCUCUCAGAUGGAUGUCGCCCACCUCACCAAUCUUGCGCAUCUCGCUCCAUGGAUAAUUGCCAUAAACGAGCCGUCGGCAAGUGACUCGUAUGAUAUCUGGCUCGACCUCAUAAGUGCAAUAGAAAAGAAAUGUGUCCCCGUCAAGAACAGCACUGGACGGCGGAGGUCUCCCUGGAUAACAGAGAGCAUCAUUCAGCUUACUCGAAAGAAGCGCAAACUCUUCAGACGGGCAAAGAAAACUAACCACCCGCGCCACCUCAGUAUGGCACGGAAAGCCCAGAGAGAUUUAAAGAAAGAAAUCUACACCUCGUACAGGUCUUACGUGGAGACCAUUGCCCAGAAGGCAGCCCGAUCACCGAAACUGUUCUGGUCAUAUGUUAACCAUCGGAGGAAGUCGUCGUCCUCGCCAGAGUUCACGGUCGAUGGGACCGUUGUGGAGAGACCCCAAACUGUUGCAGAACUCUUCAGUGCCUAG